UGCAGUGCAGUGAUUGGUGCUCGACACGAACAUGGUAGCGACGUUAGCGCGCAAGUGUGACAGAGUUAGGCAAUAUUGUUUAUUUUUUACGUCUUUGAUAUUGUUCUGUCAAUAAGCGCCCGGCGAAUAACGUUUUCCUGUUGUCUUGUGUUAUCAAAUUUCAACUCUAAACAACUUUACCAAUGAAUGGUCUGUUAUUGGUAGAAUGUAAUGAAUGAUUCAUAGGACAUGAGUGAUAAGUGAGGGUGAUGUUAUAAUACUUUGUACAUAUCAGUCGCGAAGUAGAUUUGUGUUAUUAAUGAACUAACUUAUAAGUGGUCUGACAUUAAAUAAUUGAAUAUUCACUCUUUUUAGUUUUGUUAAUUAUAAAUCAAAUGUCCUUAGAAGAAUUUGAAGAACUGUUUCAACCAAACAGUAUGGAUGCUUGUUUUACUGCUUUUGAUAAAGAUGGGGAUGGAUUCCUUAAUUUAAAAGAGUUUGAAUGCAUCUGCCGAGCAAUAUUCAGGAGUGAUAGAGGUAAUAUAUAUAGUUUGGAACCUGAACAACUUCAAGAAGUCUUUGAUAUCUUUGAUCAGAAUAAGGAUGGGUUGCUGGACAGAGAAGAGUUUGUUUACUGCUGGAAUAACUGGAUAAAAACUAUUGUUCGUCCAGUCAGUGUGUUCCUAAUUGUUGAUGUUCAGAAUGAUUUCAUAUCUGGCACCUUGAACAUAAGCAACUGCUCAGCACAACAAAAUGGUUUAGAGGUAGUGGAGCCCAUCAACAGACUACUGGAGACGGUUACAUUUGAUGCUGUGUUUUACUCUCUGGACUGGCACCCCAGUGAUCAUGUGUCUUUCAUAGACAAUCUGCCCCAGCGUGUUGUCCACCCUUCUAGCUCAGUGUCGGCAGAGAAUGCUAAAGUAUAUGACACUGUGACAUUUGAGGGGCCUCCGAUGAUGAAGCAACGUCUCUGGCCACGACACUGUGUGCAAGACUCCUGGGGAGCUGAGUUGCACAAAGACUUAAAAAUUGUUGACAAUGCAAUCAAAAUUUACAAGGGAACCAACUCUGAGGUGGAUUCUUAUUCAGUGUUCUGGGAUAACAAGAAGUUAACCCAGACAACUCUAAAGAACCAGUUAGCUGAGAAGAACGCCACUGACAUUUAUGUAUGUGGCCUAGCCUACGAUGUGUGUGUGGGAGCUACAGCUGCAGAUGCUCUAUCCAUUGGAUACCGGACUAUUCUCUUGGACGACUGUUGCCGAGGUGUUGAUCUUGAAGACAUUGAGAAAACAAAGAAAACUGUUAUCUCUAAUCAUGGUGUUAUUGUGAACUCUAAUCAGGUAAAGGCGAUGGUGGAAGGUAGGGACAGACGACCUGAACUGGGUUAUAAGUUGGCUCUUGAAUUGAAGACCAAGCUUGAGGCUCUUGAUAAUGAAAAUGAUAAUGAAAAUGAGAAUGAAAAUGAUAAUGAAAAUGAUAAUGAUAAUGAAAAUGAUAAUGAAAAUGACACCACUACUGAAAAUGAAAAUUAAGCUGUCAUCAGACAUAUAAUCAGCUACAUUCCACCUGACAAGCUUUCUGACAUGGCUUCCUAAUAGUUAUGUACCUAUUUAUGUAUUUUUUAUGAGCUUAGAGGAGACAUCUCUUACCAAGUUCUGAAGUUUUUUUAAUCAACCGUGAGUUGUAAAACUAGAUGUAGUCUUUUCAUAAGUUGUUAAGUAUUCUAUAUUUACUUAAACCUAUUUUGUAUUUUACUGUUUUUUUAUUUUAUUUUAAACAAGUAUUAUUAAUUCAGAACAAUAAAGCAAUUUUAUAGCAAUGGUUAGAACUAUAAUGGGGUUUUCAGGUUUAGCUUUAAAUACAUAUUAGUGCCUAUGUAUAUCGCAUGGGAAUGUAUUAGAAAGUAACUUUCGUUUUUAUACAGCACAAGCAGUGGUGUAAGGGGAGCAUUGAUUGUCAGUACUCUACUGAACCAUUUAUAUGUCUUUUGACAGCCAUCUAUUUGGGAAGGUAAUUUGUUCUCAUUAAAAUUAUUGCACUCACAAAGUUUAAAUCAAGCUCAUGUAAAGUACUACAUUGUAUUUUAGUAGCUCAGUUUAUUUUUAACAUAAGUUUCAUCUCAUCGCAAAGCUUAUAUUGCGGACUAGAAAAACUUUUAUUUUGUUUGUUUGUCUUUUAGACACUAACUUUUCAGAUGAAACAUUAAAUAAAAUUUUUGUAUUCUGUAUAAUAUUUUGUUUCAACGCCAAAAUUUGAAAAUCAACUCACCUUAAAAUUAUUUACAAUUUUAAAUAUGCUGUUGAGGAGAACUUCAAUUUUUUUCCAGUUUUUCCGAUUACAUAGGUAAAAUUAUUAGUUUUACAACAGGAGAGGUAUCUUAUAGUAACUUUUUAUAUUAGUGUAGAGAGACUUUGCAUAAUGUAUUUUAUCUGCACAAUUAUGCCUAAUACUCAGGGUUCAUAUGCCAACUAUAUAUUCCAGACCACAGACAAGCUCUCAUUCAUACAUAUUGCCAGCUAGUAAAGUAAAGUAAAGAAGACUUAUUUUACCAGGCAAACGUUAAGGCUUCAGAAGCCCUUUCUAACACAACCUGGGGACCAACGGCUUAAAGGUGACUUCCGAACCACCACCCUCACCCGGGCAGGCGGGCUGCUUGCAAAGACAGGGUCGCUGCCACACUCUCUUGAUCCAGUUAUCUUGCGUUAACCGUUGUACCCGCUACACUAUGCCAUUGGCAAGUGUGAAUCUAUUCCUUGUCUAUAAAGUAAUUGUAACUACUGGUACAUGCACACACCACACAAUGCUCGUGUAACCUUUGGUAGGAAACAUGUUGAUGUAAUAAUCCAAUAAUGUUUAAACUUCAUCAAAAGGUUUAUUCUGUUCGUGCACAAAAAGUAGUGGAUGGAAAUCCUAUAAACAUGUGAAGUGGUAAUUUAAAAAUAAAAUUUUUUUUUGUGUGAAGUUAUUCAAUAAUUUCUUGAAUAAACUCAUCUCUGUCAUUGAAUAGUCAAACACUUACAGUUAUGAGUAAUUGUUAUUUCAACACUCUCAGCCCCACGUGAAGAUUUACAUAAUCAUAAUCAUAUCAUAUUCAUAUGUAUACUCCUCUUUUUAUACUACAAACCAGUUACAUUAAAGGUUUCUAAAUAUUUAUAUACUCAGUUCGAUUGGGUGAUCAUUUAUGUUAAGAAAGGUCGAUAAACAUUACUUUCUCCCUAAACUGCUUGUGCUACAUGAAAAACGGGGAUUAUUUUCCAAACAGCCUCAUGUAAUCCUAUACUUAUGGUUUCUGUACUUACAAUAAUAGUUUGAUAAUUUUAGUAUGUUUUUUUUAAUGCUUCGUUUAAAAUAGACUGUAUAUGAUUAUUGCCUGUAAGGUUAUGAAUCACUCUGUGAUUAAUCAUACAUUCAUGUCAUAUCGCUCUCUGUUUCAAGUAAUAUGUGUAGUUUUAUUUCUGCAAACUUUUCAAAAACAAAUUAUUAUUUCUCUUAUAUUGUGAUAAAUAGAAUGUAUUGUUUUAAAAAUGUUUGUGAUGUAGCUAUUACGUUUGUAGGUUAAUAGUGUUGUCAUCAGUGUAGGUCUUCUCAGAGAGAGUCAACGUGUUAUUCAGCCAGACUAACCAGAGUUAUUGAGCUAUUUAAAAUUAUUACAUUCCGUUCUAGUGUUCCUCUGUCAAUUUUUAUACAUACAAAACAAUCCAAUAUAUCUAUAUCACACAUCAUCAUAUGAUAUGAUAUGUAUCAUAUGAUACAUCAUGUAUCUAGUGUAGCCAUAUUGUUCAAUAAUGACAAAGUUUAAACAUUUGAUUGUUGAGCUCAUAGUGACAGGAAACAAGAGGCAGGUGUUGUAUUCCCCCCUCCCCAAAUCUGCCCUUCACAGCAAUAACUCAGGAUAGUCCAGCAUUCACUUUUCCUACGUAUAAAAGACAUUGUUAAUCCUGUAAACAUUUAUUUAUAAAACACAACCAUAAAAAUGGUUUUAUUAUACUUCAGUAUUUAUUAUUGUUCUUUUACCCAACUAGUUUAUUUUACAAGAACAGUUCUAUUUUUAACUAAUUUUUCAUGCAUAUCAUGUGAAAUAUGUAGGCUAUAAUAUUUUAAUACCAAACAGCAUUUUUGUGUUUGUUAUAUAUUUUACAAAACUAGAAUUAAAAUGUUGUAAUAUAAAAAAAAUAUGACGAUGAUCUCAUAUUUAAAGCUUUUACAAAGUGACUUAAUCUAUGAUAAUAAUUUGUAAUGACUUUUCAGGUUGAUGUACACUAUAGUUAAUUAAGUGACAUUGUUAUUAAUGCUAAAACAAACUUUAACAUUAGUAUAAACCGAAGUAUUAUACUCAAUAAUAUGUUCCUCUAGUAAUCAGUAUUAAAAGUAUAUUUUGGAAAGUCAUAUCUACUGACAUAGUGGGAAUUGGUUUAUACUUUAAAUUAUUAAGAGAUUUCUAUAACCCUUUGAAUCCCUGACCAAAGUUAUGGUGAAAGAAGAAGAAUGCCUAAACUUGCCUAAGGAACUACCCAGUGCUAAAUCAGUAAUUUUGAAGAAUAUUAGGAAAAUUUAGUAAUUUUACUGUAGGAAAUGUGGCAACCACUUAUGACCUCAAGUUAUUGCUUUAUGUAUAUAAAAUAUGUUACUAUAAAAGUAAAUUUAUGUUUGAAUCUGUGACAUAAAAAUAAUAAUUAGAUUCCAAUGGACAAAUAUCAUAUUUUUGUAUAAAUGAGAAAUAAAUAAUACUGUAAGCUUAUAAUAAGUUAUGGGUGUAAAUAAAAACAUCAGUUAUAAAAAACGCUUACAAAUUUUUACUAUUUACCAGGCCAAUUUACAUCCUACUUUUUAACUUUUAAGUGUAUUCUUUGAGAAACAUUUUUAAAAUUCUAAAGUAGCAUAUUACAUCAAUAAAAGUUGAAGAAUACGCUUGGGAAGUUAUUAUUCAAAGUAGAUGGAAUCAAAUCCAUUUCACAUAAUGAAAACUGAAUAAGGCAGGUCCCCAUUAAAAACUUGCUGCUAAUGGUGUUGAUGUCUGAAAACUGAGCAGUGGCAUCAUGUACACAUGUGAGGAUCAGUGUCCAUUAUUUUAUAACACAGCCAAAUUUUAUAAUUAUUUUAUAAUGUAGUCAAUUACAAACAGAAAGCAAGCUAACAAUAUAAACAGAAGUACGUCUAACUUUUAUGUUGAAAAAUUUAUAAAAUGUACUUAUUUGUUUAAACAAAUCAAUAUUCUGGAAUGUGCAGGGUACAACACGGUUUGGCUUCUAGCAGUGGUCACGUGCAAUUUUUUCACUGCCAUAAUGCUCAAAAAAGAUGGCAGUAUGAUUUUAAUGCUGAAGUAAUAAUAUAUAACAAAUUCAUGAAAAAUUUUAGUUGAGUAACGUUCUUUUUUUAAUUGAUAUAUACCAAUAAUGACUGAAUUGCAAAAAUUUUAAUUCUUAUUACGUACUUUGGAUAAUCUGGCACUUUGGAUAACUGUAUUCCAAAUAAUUGUGUUCCCAGUGUAUUAGUAUUUUUCAUAAAAAAACUGUUAUUAUGUAUUUAUAUUUAAAAAAGAUGCACACUAUUCUUCAGUGAUGGUUUUUGUGCUUCAGCAACUUUAAAAAGUAUAAUCAAUCAUGGACAAACAUUGAUUUUUUAACCCUUUGGGUGCCAGAUGUUCACAGAGUAAAGUGCACAUAAGUGGGAAGCAGUGUUGUCUGAGAAGUGCCAGCUAAUUGUUGAUUUUUGCAAGCUUUUACUAGAAAAUUCAUAACUUUUUAGUAUGGAGGGAUAUAUUUUUUAACCCAAGUAAUUUUAAUAUUAAAACUAUUCAUUAAAUGUUUAUGGGACUAGUUAAAAGAUUAAAAUCCAAAGAAAAUUGUUGUAGAAAUUCUUAAUUUUGAUUUAAACAUUUUUUUAAUCCAUAUCAAACUGGCCAUUUACUGCUUUACCAGGGUUGAAGAAGAGAUAUUUUAAAGUGUAAUUACAGAUCAUAACAUUGGUAUAAAGAAUCCUGAUAAAAUGAAGAUUAUGUAAUAGGGAUAUAACUUAAAACAAAACAUUUUUGCAGCAUUUGGUGUGAUCCAAGUAAAAAGCAGUUAUUUACCUUUAAUUUUAUACCAUAAAAAUACAAAUAAUAUAAAUUCUCUCAUUGCGCAUAAUUGAUACAGCUCGCUGUAUCUCUUCCAUAGUGAUUGUGCUGGUUUAAUCAGCAUAAUGGCACUGAAAGAGUUCAAAAGCAAUUUAAUGAAACUGAUAUGGUUUGUUGGGUAAACUACCAUUUUGUAAGAUUGAAAGUAUUAAAAAUUUAGUCAACUACAUUGUUGCCACAUCUCCUGUAACACCUUUCAAAAGAGCAAGCCUACAGCUAUAGUGGCUCCUGAAGAGCCAAGUCCAGUGCACCGUUUCUCCUAUCUUCAGCCAGUAACCACUUUAGUUGUAUCAUGUUACAGGAAUUGUAAAUUUAGUAUAUAAAAACAAAAUAUGGAACACAUAUAGUAUAAAUGGAUUCAAAUAUAAAGAAUUUUUUUAUUACAACAGUUACAUAAAUAGAGUUUAAUAUUAAAGACUGGAAAAAUUUAAUUUUUUGUAAUAAAAACUAUGAAUUUAAACUUACAUUUAUAAAUUAUUGUAGUUGUUGGUUUUGGUUGAAAAGUAGUUAAAAAGUCGUAACGCCUAAAUAGUAACUUUCAUGUGCUUCAGUAUUAUGAAUUGGAAAUAUAAUUGUUCCUAUAUAUGGCAUUAUAACAAUGUUGUAUAGCAGUUUUGUCAAAGAGUUGGAAUGUUUUUAAUAAUAUAAACCUUAUUAUAAUAAACUAUAAAUUUGUGAAUGGUUAUAUAAAGUGAAUCGUCAUUUGUUUUUAAAACACGCAUAACAGUUAUCAAACACAGCAACUUUCUACCUUUAAUUUCAGUAGUAAUAUAACAAUUUAUUGCAACAUAUGCAUUUUCUACAAAGAAUAUACAACAAGCCAAUUAGAUCGGCGUCUUUCCGAUAUCACGCAAACUGUUGCAAUCAAUGAGAUUGGUUGCUAGCAGUUCUCACAAAGCUGUUGGGUCGAUUAAAUUGGCUUUUCACAGUUUUUACAAUGUAAUAGAUAACUGAUCUAAUUGGCUUUUGGUAGUCUAAGGAUUCACUAAUUUCUUGUUAUGUUAAUUGCUUAGUAGAUUUUGUCUUUAAGAGUUCUUAGAACUACUGAUGUUUCAAGCAAUCUGUACUUAGUCAUGUAUGUUGGAAAUGUAAUUAGUGAAGUAUCCGUCCAUGGACAACAUAUCAUGACAAUUUAAUUGUUCACUAGCUGCUUUAGUGGUGUGUUAGUAAAGUAAUGAAAUAUAUUGUAGAUAUAUUUGUUAUGUGGUCACAAUAAGACCAUAAGCUGUCAUGUGACAGGAAACUAUAACACCAAUUAAUUGAUUGUUGUAGUUUUAGUACUAUCCUAGUAAAUAGUUACCUUGUGUAUUGUGUGCUGUAUGUAGAGACACGUUACAUAUUUUUCUCUAAUUUAGGGGCCACCUAACAUCAGGUACGUUCUACUUUUUUUUUGUACAGAAAAGGUUAUUGAAUUAUAAUUGCCACAAAAAUAUAUUUUAUGUAUAUUUAUCAAAUGAUAAGAAAUACAUUGAACUGUAUGAACAUAACAAGAAUUUGCUAUGCACUUGUAGUUAUAGAAAUGUUUUACCAAUCUAUUUGGAAUCAGAACAUUUAUUGAAAACAAAUCUCUAAAGAAAUACAUGACAAAACUUAAAAUUGCCAUCUUUGUUUUUAAUUGCACUGUAACAUAACAACAACAAAAAUAGUUUGCAGAAUAUUUAUCCUUUGUGAUGUAAAAUAAUUACAGUUUGAAUAAUAUUUUGAAUACUGCAUCAAAACAAAAUUGAAGGCCUAGUAGAUUUAAUAGAUUCAGGGAACACCCCUGAGUAUAGUUGUCUCAAAAUGUGUGCAUUUGUCUGCACAAUUCUGAGCAGAUUUAUUUUCUUGAAUAAGCGCAUUUGUAUUGUGGUAUCUUGAAAUUGUAUUACUUAAGAGAAAAUAUUCCAGUCCAUAAUGUAAAAAUCGUUUGUGACCAGUGUUGUCCAAGAUUCUUCAUUUUUCCCUCUUGAGCACAAAGUACUACAUUACUCUAUAUAAAGAAUCUAAGUAAGCCUUACAAUUUUAACACUCACCUUAUUGUGUUUGUGUAUUUCCCCCCCAUUCCUAAAUUGACUUUUUUUAUAUUAAUACCCAAAAACUCAGACAAACAAAUAAAGACCUGCCUGCUGAGUUAUGAUGAUUUAUGAAAAUUAAUAAUCAUAAUUUGUAGCAGAUAAUAAUAUUUACUAAUCAAAUUAUGAUCUUUUAAUAGGGCUUUAAACCUAUGUAACAUCGUAGAGGUGAUAUUGUAUUGAGUGGACAGUCAGUCACUUGUGAGACAUUUAGGAAAAAAUUGAAUUUUUGUAUACAGAACUCAUUUAUGUAAUAUACUGUUCGUUUUUUGAGACUUGUUUAAUUAAAAUUCAUUGUAAACCAAAUCAUGGUUUUUUUCACUCAGUACGAGAAGCUGAGGAAACCCUCUCAUUGCAUUUAGUCGUAAAAGAACGUUUGCACUUAGGAGUGGUAGGAUUUUCAGGAUGGGUAAGGUUUGUGGUAGAGACCGCCUCCUGUUAAGACCCCAUAUCGAGGGUAUUGGGCUCUAUAUCUGUCAUGUCACUGGAAGUAGGGGAGCCUAGAUCUGUUCCAGUCUCCUCCAGUCAAAGCAGGAAGGGGAAGGUACUUCCUCAUGUUUGGGUUACCAACAGCCUUUAUAUAUCAUAUUAUCUUUUAUAUAAACGGAUUGUCAAUAAAUUUAAAUCAUAAGUCGGUGACACUACCUCUUAAUUUUUCAGCUGUCAAUAGUAACUCUCAUCUUUCAACCAUGUAAUUUUUUAACCAACAGUACUUAUAGCUAUCAAUGAAUGUAAAUUGUGAUUUGUAAAUUUAUAUUCCUAUUUAAAAAUUGUAUGAAAUUAGUCUGAGCUUUUCAUUGAAUCAGACUGUACUGUACUGGUUUUUCUCAGCUAAUGGAUGCUGUAAGAAAUAGCAUUUGUUGCAACUAAACAAUAUCCUUCAUAAGUAAUAAUAAAAAAAUAUCAGUACACUCUUAGCUUAAUUUGUAUUAAUUUCGCUGUUUAAAAUGUAGUGAACUAAAACAUUAUGAAUCUGUAUGUAAUCUAUCAGAAUAGAAUUCAAACCAACCUGAGCAGUUUCAUUUGAAUAGUAAAUUUAUAUUAUGGUGCCUUUCAUAAGUGUCUUAAAUUCAGCAAGUACUUCAUUUAAAUGUAUAAUUGUAUAGUAUUUGGUGCCUUUUGAACUUUAUUGAUAAUGAUUAAUACAGUGCCCCCUUAACCUUAGAUCUGGUGUGCCAUCUCGUGUGUCCUUGUGUACGAUCAGUCAAUGAUGAAAUAACUUAUGAAUGAAUAAUGCAAAGUUUUAAGUAAAAAUGAAGAGAGUACAGUUCAAUGAUAGAAAUGAAUAGGUUUUCAGCACUACUUACGUUGUAACAAAUACAAUAAGUAAAAUUAAGUAAAAAGGAAGAAUUAAUUUUUCCUAAAACUUCACUAAACUGUCUUAAGAAUAAAUAGAAUGUGAUUUCUGAUCAGUCAGUUUACAUAAUGCUGUGGCAAGCAUAACAACAAAAUCAUGUACAUACAACCACAAAAAGAAAAAAAAUCUUCCUAUUGCUUCAAAAUAGUUGUCACUAGCACUUUAUUAAAUAGUUUUUGUUUUAUUAAAUUUCUUCUAAACAUUUUCAAUAAAAAUGUACUAACUUGGAACUAUAACUUGCAGUUUAUUAUUAACUGGUUUGCCUAUAUGAUGGCAUGGGAUCAAUAUACCUUCACUUAUAGGAUUUAUUGAAUAAUAUCAUUGAUUAGCGUGGUUGGCAUGUCCUAGAAACCAAAUUCUGUUCCUCUCACCUCGCUAAAUAUAAUAUUGUAUAACAAAAUGUAAUGGUGUUUUCUUAGUGUAAUAAGUGUUGUGUAGUUAUACUAGGGCUGCCCAGAAAGUGACAGAUAUUUUGAAAUAAAACAUUAACAAAAGUGAAAGAAAAAAUGUCACGAUUGGCUGUGUAUGAACACAAUUUGUUGAGAAAAAACAAGUUUUCAGUUUCAACCAACGCCUGUUUUGCAUUGUCUGCUAUAGUAUCUGCAGUGCUUCACAAUACCUUUCUGCAUUGAUUAUCAAGCCUCAUUCAUGAAAGCAACUAGGAUCACAAUCUUAUAGUCCCAGAAAACGUUUGACAUGAUCCUUCUGAGUGAAGGAGUUUAGAGCCAUUUUCUUCAUUUUUUGGGAGAAUGUCUCCAUUCCACAGAUUGCCUAUUUGUCUCACAUCAUGUUUCACCCAUUUUAACACUAGUUAUAAUAAUAUGAAGAAGUUCAUUAACAUGUCAUUUGUAGCCUUCAAAAAAAUUCAGUCAUGCAGCAAGCCUUUGUUUUUCGUGGUCUUCUGUAAGGAUUUUUGAAGCCAACUGGGACACAUUAUUGUGGUAGCCAUAUUCUCCACAACAAUUUCUUGGACAUGAAAAUUUAGGGAAAAGUUCUGAAAGUUCAAGAACCAUAAAACAUAGGAGUUUCAAUAAAAUUUGUUGUAUGGUAUACAGGUUUUCUAAAGAAAUAUAAAAAAUACAUUUUUCCACCUUCACACUGUUUUAGAUUCAUGAACAUUUCAGUAAAAUUAUUGCUAAUACAUAUACUGUAUACUACCUGCUAUUUGAAAACUAACAAUAGGCCUAUAUUGUUUUUCUCAUGAAACUGUGAUAAUUUUGUGUAUGUAUUGGCUUUAAAAACCAAAAUUUUUUUGCCAUUCCCAGAGGAAAGUUGAAAUUAGAAAUUUAUUCUUGAAAUGUGUUCAAAUGGAGGGGAGAGAUCAUUUUGAAUGUUCAAUAUGGCACCAGAUCUAAGGUUAAUAAUAAUUUAUUUGAGUUUGAGCUCAUAAAGACUAAUAAUGUGUUUAAAGUUAACAAAAAUCAUUUUGGAUUAACACAACUUAUAUGUUUAGUUUACAUUAAAUACUUUUUAUCUCUGGCACGUAAACUAGUGUUGUUCAAAGGGUAGAUGUACAAUAAUAAUAAUCAAAGGUAGAGCAUUACGUUUUUGUAUGAUUAUUACAUUUCAGUAAUUCAAGUAAAGGGUAUGCUUGGUUACUUUUAAUAGUUGUAUUGGCUGUGUUACCUGACUAAAUAAUUACUUUUACUUACUUUACACAAUAUAUUUUAAAGAACUAAAUGUUUAAUUUCAUUUUAUUAUAAUUAAAAAAACAUAGUGAAUCAUUUUUAAUCUUUUGUUAAUUUAUUUGGAGAAUAAAUUAUUUUUAUUUGAUAUUCACUGAAGUACACAAUCUACCUACCAUUACUGCCUUAGAUGUAUGGUUUGUUAUUACAGGUUAGGUACCGUAGGUAAUGUACCUGUCUUAGUAAAACAAGAACAAACUAAUAUUUUUAACAGUUCAAAAGUUUUUGGAUAAAAAAAUAUAAAUUAGGUUGAAUUAGUUGCUGUAACAUAACUAAUAAAGUAAAAUUUUGAAAACUAAGUGGUUGUGUACUUAGAAUUUAGUUAAUUUAAUUAAUUGAAAUAAAUUAAGAGGCAAUAGAAAGAGUUAAUAAAUAAUUAAGAUGUCUUUUUUAUAAAUUUUAAAUUUACUUUGUAUAUUUCUGUUAGUGAUUUUGAUUCUUGUUGUUAAGUAGAUAUAAUGUUAAUGAGCAGAGGAAUUAUUGUUACUGUUAGAAUGUAUACACUGAGCUUACUGCUGACAUGGCAUGCACUAAUGUUGUUGAAGUUUAACAUGAUUUAUUUUAAAACAUGUGGUGGAUAAUAUUGUUAUCAGCAGAUGAUGAAUAAAUAACUGUGCAAGCUUUUA